AUGGCUCAACGGCUAGCCGGCCUUCCAGUCGCCACCGCCGCCGCUGAUGAGAACGUCUCCGUGAAGUACCGAUGGUGUCAACUGCGGGACAAGGUCCGAUCGACGGCUCUGGCUGUCCUCGGUCGCGCACGUCGCCAACACCAGGUCUGGCCUGAUGAUAGCAACGCCGCCACCCACAACACAAUCGCCGAGCAGAACCGACUGCACAGAGCCUACGCCAACGGCCCCACUACCGACAACAAAGCAGCAUUCUACCGAGGUCGCGGCCUUGUUUAA